UGCGCAAAUACAAAAUACCCACGACCGCUUUCCUCCGCUCCGCCCCGCCCUCGUAGUUUACGCUCGCAAACGCCCCUUUCCCUCUAACUCGUCAUUGAAAACACAUACUUGCAAGUCCAAGCUCUCAUCUUCGCUUCUCUUUCUCUCUCUGUCUUCUCCAAAAUUCCCAACUCAUUUCUAGGGUUUAAUAUUCUGCUUCCUUGGUCGAAGCAGUCAGUCAGUCAGUCAAGCUGGAUAGGCACAGAGGAGACCGCUAUGGCCCCAAUAGCACCACCACCAACAACGAGGACUCUAACCACAACUACCGCCAUCACUCCAGAGGUCCUUCUCGCUUCUCUGACGCUCCUCCCAUGAACCGCUUUUCCGACAACAGCAAACACGACGCCGACGAAGAAUUUCACCAUCAACGCCGCCGCACCAGCCCCAGCAACUUCCGUGUUCCCAUUGGAGGUGGUCACCGCCCCUUUGACAGUCCCCCGCGUCGACAUUCUGGUGGCGGAGGCGGAGGGUUCCGUCCUAUGAGUGUGGGUGGGGGUGCUGGCGGUGGCGGAGGAUUUCCGCCCAUGAACGCUGGAGGUGGUGGUGGUACUGGAGGGUUUGGCUCUAAUUUUCAGGCUCCGCCGCCUCCACAGCCUCUAUCUGGACAGAAACGAGGGUUUCCUUUCCCUGGCCGAGGUGGUUCACCAGAUCGUUCCGAUGGUGGCAGUUUUGCCAAACUUUUUAUCGGGUCGGUGCCAAAGACAGCUAGAGAGGAGGAUGUAAGUGAAUUUAGUAACGGUUAGAUAUGUAGACGAUGAAAGAUGCAGUAUUUCUAACAUUAAACGUUUACAUAGUUUUGUCUCGUAUAUUCUUAUCGUUUAGCACUUUAUUUAUUUCUAAUUAUGAAGUGGGGAACAAGUGUGUUCUCUUUCGCUUAUCUCAAAAAAGAAAGUAUGUUCUCUUUCGCUUCU